GAGCCUGGUCAAGAGCUGCGGCGGCGGCGGGGGCGGCGGCGGCGGCGGGGGCACCCCCAAGAUGAACGGCGGCAGCCCCCCCGGCUGGUGGCCCGAGUGCACCUGCUCCAACCGCGACUGGUAUGAACAGGCCAGCCCUUCACCCAUUAUUGUGAACACAGAUGCCCUGGAGCCUCCCCUCUCUGUGAAUGGAAGUGACGGGAUGUUCAAAUAUGAAGAGAUUGUCCUGGAAAGGGGUAACUCUGGCCUCGGAUUCAGCAUUGCCGGGGGCAUCGACAAUCCACACAUCCCUGAUGACCCUGGCAUCUUCAUAACCAAGAUCAUCCCUGGGGGAGCCGCUGCCAUGGACGGGCGACUGGGGGUGAACGACUGUGUGCUGAGGGUGAACGACGUCGACGUCUCAGAGGUGGUGCACAGCCAAGCGGUGGAGGCGCUGAAGGAAGCCGGGCCGGUGGUACGCCUCCUGGUGCGGCGGAGACAGCCCCCGCCAGAAACCAUCAUGGAGGUCAACCUCAUGAAAGGGCCCAAAGGGCUGGGCUUCAGCAUCGCUGGAGGGAUCGGGAACCAGCACAUCCCAGGAGACAACAGCAUUUACAUCACCAAGAUCAUUGAGGGCGGGGCAGCCCAGAAAGAUGGGCGGCUGCAAAUCGGUGACCGGCUGCUGGCGGUGAACAACACCAACCUGCAGGAUGUCCGGCACGAGGAGGCCGUGGCUGCUCUGAAGAACACCUCGGACAUGGUGUACUUGAAAGUGGCCAAGCCGGGCAGCAUCCACCUCAACGACAUGUAUGCACCCCCCGACUACGCCAGCACUUUCUCUGCCUUGGCUGACAACCACAUAAGCCAUAACCCCAGCCUGGGCUACUUGGGAGGCCUGGAGAGCAAGCCCGCCUACCCUGCGCCACCACAGGUCACACCUGCCCGCUACUCACCUGUGCCACGCCAUAUGAUUGGGGAUGAAGAUUUCACCAGGGAGCCCCGGAAAAUCACCUUGCACAAAGGGUCCACCGGCCUGGGCUUCAACAUCGUGGGCGGUGAGGAUGGAGAAGGCAUCUUUGUCUCCUUCAUCCUGGCCGGGGGCCCUGCCGACCUGAGCGGGGAGCUGCGGCGGGGCGACCGCAUCCUUUCGGUGAAUGGCGUCAACCUCCGCAACGCGACACACGAGCAGGCGGCGGCAGCAUUGAAGAGGGCUGGCCAGACGGUCACCAUCGUUGCCCAGUACAGGCCAGAAGAGUAUAGCCGUUUUGAGUCUAAGAUCCAUGACCUCAGAGAACAGAUGAUGAACAGCAGCAUGAGUUCAGGAUCUGGCUCACUUCGAACAAGUGAAAAGCGGUCUCUCUAUGUACGGGCCCUCUUUGACUAUGACCGAACUCGGGACAGCUGCUUGCCCAGUCAAGGACUCAGUUUUUCUUACGGGGACAUCUUGCACGUUAUCAAUGCUUCAGAUGAUGAGUGGUGGCAGGCAAGACUGGUGACGCCUCAUGGAGAGAGUGAGCAGAUUGGAGUCAUCCCAAGCAAGAAGAGGGUGGAAAAGAAGGAGAGGGCACGAUUAAAAACUGUGAAGUUCCACGCCCGAACUGGGAUGAUAGAAUCCAACCGAUCGAUCAAAACGAAACGUAAAAAGAGUUUCCGCCUCUCCCGAAAAUUCCCAUUUUACAAGAGCAAAGAGAACAUGGCCCAGGAGAGCAGCGGACAGGAACAGGGCGUGACAUCAAACACCAGUGACAGCGAGAGCAGCUCCAAAGGACAAGAGGACACCAUUUUGUCAUACGAACCUGUGACGCGGCAAGAAAUUCACUAUGCGAGGCCAGUGAUAGUUCUGGGACCCAUGAAGGACCGAAUCAAUGAUGACCUCAUCUCGGAGUUCCCACACAAAUUUGGCUCCUGUGUGCCACAUACUACUAGGCCUCGUCGUGAGAAUGAGGUAGACGGGCAGGAUUAUCACUUUGUGGUGUCCCGGGAGCAAAUGGAGAAGGACAUUCAAGACAACAAGUUCAUUGAGGCCGGACAGUUCAAUGACAAUCUUUAUGGGACGAGUAUUCAGUCUGUGCGGGCAGUGGCUGAGCGGGGGAAGCACUGCAUCCUCGAUGUGUCUGGCAACGCCAUCAAGAGGUUGCAGCAAGCACAACUGUAUCCUGUGGCGAUCUUCAUCAAGCCGAAAUCUAUUGAGGCGCUUAUGGAGAUGAACCGGAGGCAGACAUACGAGCAAGCCAACAAGGUCUUUGAUAAAGCCAUGAAAUUGGAGCAGGAGUUUGGAGAGUAUUUUACAGCCAUUGUACAAGGAGACUCUCUGGAAGAGAUUUACAGCAAAAUCAAACAGAUAAUAGAGGACCAGUCUGGGCAUUAUAUCUGGGUCCCAUCCCCUGAGAAACUGUGAAGCCCCUAUCCUGCAAUCACCUUGUGAGAAGACCAGAGACCCCUCCCCCUGCCCUCUGCCCCAAGAGAAGGGGGAGCAAGAAGACCAUCCCUGUCCCCUUUUUUAGAUGGCUGACCAUUGAGUUUUCUAGUCCUGUUUUUCUUUUUCUCGGGAUGGACUCAUCUCCUUCAUCAAGCGACUGUCCCCAUCAUUCCUGCAUGGACCUUCCUGCUGCUCCCUUAGAAAUGGAGACAAACCCCAUUUGACAGUUUUGUGUGUUUUUUAAGUAAAAAAAAAUCAACUCAACUUAAAAAGUCAAGAAGCAAGAUGGGAGAUGGCAGAUGAAGACUAGCCUAAAGAGCUGUCAUAGCAAUGGACCUGGACUGCCCCGUGGACAUGCUGAGGACUAGCAGCUUGGGGCAGCUUUUCCAAGAGUGCAGUGAUCGCCCAGCACUGUGACUGAAGGAAAGGCAACAGAAUGCAUUUAUUUAUCUAUGUAUGUAAUUUAUAUAUAAUAUAUAUGCUAUAUAUUAUAUAUAUGGACUAGAAAACAUGGGGGAGGCUGCUUAAAUGGUACUUUGUGCGUGCAAGAAUAAUAUUGCUGCCACACCUCAGCCACGGGGCACAGAAACCUUUUGUGGCUGGGAAUGAAUUUGACGGUACUCAGUGCUUUUGGGUAUUGCUCAGUGGUUUUUCAAAGCCGGUUAUGUGGAGAAGGCUGCAUUUGGGAAAAACAGAAGCUGCCAUCCUUGAGUGUGAAGCAAGCAGUGAGCCCAGAACCACAUCUGAAGUUACAGCGGUUGUUUUGAGCACGAGAAAGUGAAUGGAUAAUGCUACAUAUUAAUUGCACAUUGUUUUAUGUCAUCUGAUGUGUUUGCAUGAGAGGUUUCUUUUCUUUUCUUUUUUUUAAGCUGGUGUUAAACCAAAAUCAUGUUUGUGUUGGUGUGUUGGCUUUUCAUUAUUCCCAAGCUUUUGAUUUUAAUAACGAACUGAACGGGUAUUCAAUCCAGUUUUUUUAACUUAUUUUUUAAGAUGGUUCCGUUGUAAAUAGAUUCCAAGCCCAUACCUAUCCUAAGACCACGUGGAAUGAGCACACCAGCUGUUCUGUGCUGCCGUGGGGCCAGUUCCCUGUGGAAAGACUAAACUCCAUCCCUCUACAGACUGAUUCUGGUGGAAGGAUCUGGCGCCCCAUGCAGUGAGCAGCUCGACGCAGCAGCCAGGCCACAAUGGGGAGAGAAACUUGUGUCGUAAAGGGACACGAUUCUUCAACCAUGUGAUGGAAUUUAGGGCCGACUUCUCCAGAAUCCUUAUUUUAGCAGAACGGUGCCCAGUUCUGGUUGUGACAUGUGAAGCCUUUCCCAGCGAAGCGCACAGUCACUGGCUCUGUGAAGAAGAGCAUCAUCCCACUUCCCUUCUAUUUCUGCGUAAUUCUUGUUACAGAGAUGCCCCCCUCCCCCCGGUUGUCCCUUGCUACCAACCUGUGCUUGCUGUUCUUCAAGGCAGGCAAGGAAGGAAGGAAGGAAUUCAGAAUGCUCCAUUAUGAGGCACAGACUGUUCGUCUUCCAUGGACUGAAGCCAGCUACUUCUGGGAAGCCUUGGUAUGUGCUCAUCCUAAGUGAUUUCUGUCAGUAUGUGAACUCUGUGAUUGCAACGUUCUCUGUUUGAACACUGAAUGGGAGAAUAAGUUGGAUCGUCAAGAAUCCUGGAAGGAAUUUCCAAGGAUUCAGCAUCCGGUACAAGCCCUCGCUUAUUAGCCAAAGGGGAAGAUUUGCUCACUUUCCUAGUCUCAUCUCCAAGUUUGAAGCAGGUGAUUGUUCGCAUCUAGUCUCCAUGGAGUGAGAGCCAUGGCUACUCUGGGAAGAGACCCACACGUUCCUGGCCAGAAUCCCAGCGAGUAGGGGCAGGCCUCAGAUUGUAGCCGGGUGAUGGUCCCACUUCAUAGCUGGUAGGUAGCUGUGUCAUUCAUUGUGUGAUUUGUGCACGGGCUUCAUUGUUAAACAUGGGUGAAAACUGUCAUCUUGCGGAGAUUCAUUCUGGUAAGCAAGAAGCCAUUUGCACGUCAGCUGGUGUUGCAAGAAACGUCAAGUGGGCCUUGGGUUGGACCUAGAGCUGCUCUUUGCUGGAAGGACAGUGAAGAACCAAGACAAGGGAGCUGAUCUUCUGCGCGAGUCCCUAGGGGGGGGAGGGCAUUCCGACGAGGGGCUGCCACCACCUUCCUCUGCUCAGCCACGAUAGAAACAGCUUCUCAGGCUCCGACUCCUUUUAUUUUCUAAUAGCCUGUCACCUUGUCUUCUAGGCCCAUGGAGGAAAAGUCUACGUACUCCAUGGCAUAGCAGAAAGUACCAAUCAUGACACUAGUUGGUUUACCAGUGUUUCUUCCGAGGAGACAUAUAUUUUUAAUAAACAGAACAUUGCAAUGA